GUCGACAAUAAUCGAAUCAAACUUCAUGCAGGAGGUGGCUGCGUUUCGCUGAGGUUCGAGCUAGGUUUUGUCUUUGCUAAUUAGAAUAUAUAAUUUGGUGUAUUUCGUCGAAGUAUGUACUCGUGAAGAAUUCAAUACUUAAUUGAAGUUUUCGAUUUUCCUUACAUUCUCCACUUUGUAAAGGUACCAGCGCAGUUUGUUUGAGCAACAGCAAUAUUAACAAUAAGAAUAACAUGCCUGCUUCGUGAAAUGCUGUCUCUCUGUACGCUAGAAAAUUCCUCUGCCUGCGCCUUGUUCCCGUAAACUUUGGCACAAAUUUCCUUACGUCGACACGAUAUUGAAAAACGAGAACUGUUUUACAACAACAACUGUUUUCGACACAAGAACCGUUUUGAACACAACCGUUUUGAAGGACCGAGAAGUUGUGUGAGAUUGAGGCUUCCCGCGAGCCAGCUGUUGUACUAGGAGAAGAACCACACCAGGACCUGCGGGAUUCCAGUAUUGCUGCGGAAGGAUGAAUUACCCGGAUUUACGUACGGCAACGAGCUCGUCGUCUUCGACGAUGCUACACAACCCCGCGAUAGGUCGUCCGACGCCAACCUUUAUACCAAACGUGAAUCAUGCCACUGGCGUCACGCAGUUGCCGAAUCAAGGGAGCGCAGGUAUUACAGUAAUACAAGAGUGAUACAGCUGUGAAAGAUGUACGAGGGCUGUGAAAUUAAUUGGAAGUAAAAGAAGAAUUGAGCCUGACAACAUGACGUCUAGGACAUGGACAUUCUUAUAUAUUUGAAUUCUAAGGUUUACCCGCAUAUUUGAUUUCUAAUUCUUUCCCUUGUCGUGGUCUCUACUACUUUCUAACAAUGCGCUUAAUCGAUUUUACCUCUUGACUCACAUGCCAACGAUGCUACAGGCCAGGCUUCCGGUGUGCGUUACAACACGACCAUGGGCAGUAACGGUCUGCCACUAGCCGGCUCCUUAUCCGGACAUUAAGGCUUCCGGGAAUCCAUCUUCAGACGCAUCUUGGUGCACCCCUCAAAGGGAAAAACAGACCCAAGAUGACUCUCAAGAUAGGUUCCCGGAAGAUCUAAGGACAGUUGUCUAGCACAUCUUCACAUGUUCCAUCUUCAUUGCCGCCAGGUGGAGCAACAGCAGCAAACGUGCCCACGUCGACUCUGAGCACACUGAAUAGUCUAGCUGCGAUGAGCAGUGGCCUCGCGGCCAUGGGAACCGCAGCCCCGUCGCUGCACGGCACCUCAACCGCGAUGCCGCCUAUCGGAGGCACGACGACUCUCGCGGCCACUGGCAUCACGAGCACCACGGCGGCCAUGCCCACAGUGGGCACGCUCGGACCACGGCCCGAGUCACUGCUAGUGCAGACCGGACACAACGCGCAGCUCACCGGAGGCAAUGUCGGGAUCGUCGCACCGGCUCUCAAGGUAACGCCACAGGGAAACGUCAGCUGCGGUCCCCAACGCUACAUCGGAAAAGCCAAAGCAUUCGACAGUCUGACGAGCCAAGGAUACAUCGCAGCAGAAAUUAUUUCCGAACGAUUUGGUACUUGUCUACUGCGUGUAGUCAUGGUUGUUGUUCAGGACUUUUUUUAUAAGUAGUACGUACUCUUGAUCAACUGGUUUAAGUUUAUGAUUCCGCUUCCCUCUUGUGUGCUUUCUCGUCCUUGAGCAAUUUCGUUCAUCAACUCAAUUUUGUUACUACAUUACAUGAAAUAAUAGCCAACUGUGGUUUAAGUAUAUUUAUAAGUAGUACUUACCGUUAAUACUGCAUCAAAUUCCGUACUGAGCCUUAUAAAUCCGUACUGAAAGUAGAAGAUGGAAAAGAACAAUUUCAAUUUGACUCGAAUACUUCAGUGUCCGGCUCGGAUAUAUGCGUGACCGGAAACGACUGGCUGCAGUGCGGUCUUGCACCUGGGAAGAUCGUCUCGUUCGUCCUAACAGUGAAUUCGGAAAAGAAGCCACACGUACUUCUACUACACGAUGUUUAUUUAGUACCGUUUUUGCAAAUCUGGAUUUCUGUCAUAACUGAAAAAAAAUUUUUUGUUCAGGCAGAAGAGAUAGCGAUUGUUGAUCCGCUCCUUUUUGUGCCUGCUGCAAAGGACAACGUUGGUCCGACGGAAGAGGACCCAAAUAUCACGAAGCAGAUGGCCAAGGAUCUGGGCAACCUGUCAGAACUAGUGUUAAGGCUUCCACAGUAGAUCCCCCAUUUUCCUCAAGAGCAUCCUGGGACAACCCCCUAUGAUUUCUAUGUUUUCUUUCGAAGCAGAAUAGUGAUAAAGAACUACAUAAGCAUAGUAUUUUACGAAAAGGACUACCUAGAAAAGGGAAGAUGCACAACUCUAAAAGGGUGUUGGAUUAUUUAGUUUUAGUGAAGCUCUCAAAGCACUAAAAUAAAACAACCGGUUAGUUCUUACCUCUAGAGUCUUAGCCCUUCCAGCAAUAUUUGGUGAAGCUCUCUCUAAUAGUGGAGCUCGACAUGUUUGAGGCAAAACCGCUAGUCCCUAUAGAGGACAUCGACAAGCUGCAGAAGCGAGAAAGAGAGUCACGCAGUCGUGAUAACCGUGCAACCAAGAGUGGACAUGUUGGAGGGGAGACGAGCAGAACGCGGGACCGAGAUGAGCGCAGUAGGCGGUCACGGAAUCGA